AUGACUUUUCGACAUACUAAAAUUAAACCACGUAAUAUUUUUAGAUUACUCUAUGCAGCUCCCAUGAAUGUGCAUAAAAAUGAACUGGGAUUGGCAUUAGACAUUUCGUACAUUACUCCAAACAUAAUCGUGUGCUCAUAUCCUGUCACAAAUUUUCCCAGAUUAAUGUAUAGAAAUAGUUUAGAGGAACUUGUGGCUUUUCUCAACUUUCAUCAUGGUAUAGGCAACUGGAAGAUAUAUAAUUUUAAGGUCGAAAAGUGCAGCUCUGAUUACACAGACGAUGAUCUGAUCUACAGCAUUCAACUUAGUCAAUAUGGAUCCACUGAGAGAAGGCUACUGCCUAAUGCGAAUUAUGCGACACAUAAUCUAACCGCCGAAAUGUUUGGCGAAAACUGUAUCGAUCAAGUGUUACUGAGAAAGGGCUGGUUGGACCAUUGCCCACCUCCUUUCUUGCUUUUGCAAGAAAUCAUAGACGACAUUUAUCAACAUACUUCUCAAUCUGAAUCAUCUGUAGCUGUAUUGCACUGCAAGAUGGGGAAAGGGCGCUCAGGCACAGUGUGCAUAGCCUAUUUGAUGAAAUACUUGGAGUCACCAUUGUCAGAUGCUAGAGAUGUCUUCAUGGACAAGAGAUUCCGGCCUGGAUUAAGUAAGGGAGUUACCAUUGUCUCUCAAUUAAGGUUGCUACGAUAUCAUGAAUUAUUUUUAUUCUAUGAUCCACCAUUAAGAGCUAGUUUGCUGGAUCAAUGUGCCAGAGCCCGUUUUCAGCUCACCUCGGUAUACUUAUCGAAGCCAUCGUCUGUAAUUUUGACCCAUCCAUAUUUUGCUUCGAUAAAGAUCCAAACAUUUAAUAGAGAACGUGAUGGUUUAAUCGAUCUUGCAGUUUUGGAGACUGAUGGAGAACUCUUAUAUAAAUCCAAGGAGAAAGGAUUGACAAUAUGCCUACCAUUAAAUGUUGACCUCAGUGAUAUACGGUUGGAGUUUGGAGUAAUUUCCAAAUCUUCGAAUGUUAUGAAUAGUUUUACUUCUUUGGCAUCGUACUCUCACUGUUGGCUAAAUUUAUACUUCGAGACAUUGAGAUGCAGCAGAGACUUUUCUCAAACUCAUUUCACCUUGAGUGAACUGAGAGAAGAACAAAGAACAGGUCAAGAAUUCCUGUUUGUUAUCAAGUGGUCUGAACUGGACGGAGUCAAAGGCACUACGAACCGCGGGCUGAAGCUUUUUGAUUCCAUAACGCUCAAGUGGAAGUUACUGUAA